AUGAAAGGAAGCAACGCAAAAGACAUUUCAGUCAAUUACUCAAACAAAGAAAUGAGCGAAAUGCGGACUAAAAAUCAGGUGGAGGAUUCUAUUAUCCAAGAAUCAUUGCUUACUUGCAUUGAUCUCGGAAACUCUGAUGUUCACCAAUCAGCUCUUUUGCUUAAGAAGGCAUGUCUGGAUAGUGGAUUUUUUUAUGUUAUAAACCACGGAAUCAGCAAAAAAGUCAUGGAGAAGGCUUUCGAGCAGAGCCAAAAAUUCUUCGCUCUUCCUUUGGAAGAGAAGAUGAAAGUGUUGAAAAACGAAAAGCAUCGUGGCUAUACACCUUUGUAUGAUCAAAUCCCUGAUCCUGAGAAUCAGAUUCAAGGGGAUCACAAAGAAGGUUACUACAUUGGGUCAGAAGUUCCCAGAGAUGAUCCUCAGUGGGAUCGGCCAUUCUAUGGCCCCAACACGUGGCCUAAUCCUGAUGUUUUGCCUGGGUGGCGAGAGACAAUGGAGGAAUACCAUCAAGAAGCACUGAGGGUUUGUAAGGCUAUUGCAAAACUAUUGGCAUUGUCGCUUAACUUGGAUGCAGAUUACUUUGAUAGCCCUGAGAUGCUUGGAAAGCCUAUUUCAACUUUACGCUUGCUUCACUAUGAAGGAAAAUCGGAUCCCUCAAAAGGAAUAUAUGGAACUGGAGCACAUUCUGAUUAUGGGAUGAUUACACUCUUAGCAACAGAUGGUGUAAUGGGACUACAGAUAUGCAAGGAUAGGAACGCUAAGAUUCAAAAGUGGGAAUAUGUACCGUCGAUUAAAGGAGCAAUUGUUGUGAAUCUUGGUGAUAUGAUGGAGCGUUGGAGCAAUGGUCUUUUCAGGUAAUAUAUAUUUCUCUUUGGGCACACUUGAUACACAUUUUAUGUCAUUGCAAGUUAAUGUUUCUAACUGUCAAUUUUUUCACGAGCCUUUUAUUUUUUUCUUUACGUUAAAGAUCCCACAUUGCACCGGGUUAUUUUAAAUGGACAGACUCGAUAUUCCGUAA